AUGGGGAAUAAAGUCAUGGAUUUGAUGGUUAAUAAAUUUAUGAACUGGGAUUAUUAUUCCAGUCCUGUUACUGAAGGCAGAAUAUUGAUCAUUUGGAGGAAGAUAUUUGUCAAGGUUAUUCUUCUAGAGGAGACUAAUCAAUAUGCCCACUGUUUUGUUAAAAUGGCUGGUCAGAGACAUGCUUUUAGUGCUACAUUUGUGUAUGGGCUCAAUACAAUGGAGGAACGGAAGAGGAUAUGGAAUAGUUUACCUAAGCUUACUCUUCCUGCCACUUCUUGGGUUAUCUUGGGAGAUUUUAAUGCCAUAUUUACUACUAAGGAUAUAGAUGGAGGUAAACCUGUGUCCAAAUCGGAAUUGUUGGAUUCUUCUCAGUGGCUUGUUGGGAAUCAAGUGGAUUCGCUUAAAACUAUUUUUCGUUGGGAAACUGUCUCUGACCAUUGCUCCUGUACUGUUUCUACUAUGGCCAUGGAGAAUCUGGGAGUUAAGCUAUUUCGGUUCUAUAACUUUUGGACUGAUCAUAAAGAUUUCAAAGAGGUGGCUUUGAAUAGUUGGAGAAAGUCGAUUAAUGGGACUGAUUUGACGGCUAUCUAUUUGAAGACUAUGCGGCUGAAACAUAAAUUAAAGAAAUUUAAUAGGGACCAUAUUGGAGACAUAGGAGUGCAAUAUCAAGUGGCAAAGGAUCAAUACCAAGAAGCUCUAUUCCAAGCACAUAAACAUCCCCGAGACCUUCCUUUUCAAGAGAAAGCCAAGGCUCCUGCUAAAGCUUUCACUACUCAGGAGCAAAUUACAUGGGUGGUUAAUAACUUUUCUGGUGUGGUUUCUCAUUUUUUGGAUCACUUUAGAAGCUUUAUGGGUAGUCCUAGUUCAGCUACUAAGAAGAUAAAUAUGCAAUGUGUGGAGCUGGGAACCAAACUUUUGAUUGACCAGCAGCUUAAUCUUUCGAAACCUUUCUCUCACAAGGAAAUUCGAGAUGCAGUUUUUAGCAUUCCCAUCAUCAAAUCCCCGAGUCCAGAUGGGUUUGGUUAUGAUUUUUUCAAGGUUUUAUGGCUGGAUAUUGGUGGUGAAAUAUGUAAAGCAGUUGGACAUUUCUUUGAGACAGGAAUUUUUCCUGAUGAGCUUCAUAAUACUACUCUUUCCUUGGUCCCUAAAUCUGAUAAUCCUUCUCGGGCUGUGGACUACAGGCCAAUUGCUUGCUGUUCUACCAUUUAA